GCAAAAAAAAAAUAUUUUUGAUGCAGUGAGCAAACGAAGCAAAAAAAAAACAAUAAUAAAUACUUAGAAAGGACGACAACAUGACUGAGGCAGACAAGCAGCCUGCGUCCUUCGCCUGCCAGCGUUGCCUGCAGCCCAUAGUGCUGGACGAGCAGCUGGAAAAGAUUAGCGUGCAUGCUAUGGCUGAACUCUCAUUGCCCAUUUAUGGCGGCAAUGUUAACACCAUUGAUGCCCAGGAUGCCAACAGUUUUGAUCACUUUGUGCCACCCUUUCGACUGACUGACUCCAUCAAUGGCACCGGAUUCAUGCUUGUCUCCGAUGGACGCGAUAACAAAAAGCUGAGCGCUGCCUUCAAACUGAAAGCCGAGCUCUUUGAUUGCCUGUCCUCCAACUCGGAGAUUGAUCAUCCGUUGUGCGAGGAAUGUGCCGAUUCCAUGCUGGAGAUUAUGAACAGAGAGCUGAGCAUUGCCGAGGACGAGUGGCAGGUAUAUAAAACGUAUCUCAACGAACUGGAGCAACAGCAGGAGGGACCCAAUGUGGAGGCACUGGACAAGGAGCUCGAAGAACUGAAGCUGAGUGAGCAGAAACUACUCGAAGAAUUGGCCACUCUGAAGAAGCAGGAACAAGGGCUGAAUGAAGAAAUCGAACAGGAGGAAAUUGAAAAGCAGAAACUACACGAGCAGGAGGAAAGCUAUUGGCGUGAAUACACGAAGCAUCGGCGUGAGUUGAUGUUGACAGAGGAUGACAAAAGAAGUCUGGAGUGCCAGAUUGCCUACUCGAAGCAGCAGCUGGACAAGCUGCGCGAUACAAACAUCUUCAACAUCACAUUUCAUAUCUGGCAUGCCGGACACUUUGGCACCAUCAACAACUUUCGACUGGGACGCUUGCCUUCUGUGUCUGUCGAUUGGUCGGAGAUCAAUGCUGCCUGGGGGCAAACAGUGCUGUUGCUCUCGGCUUUGGCACGCAAGAUUGGACUAUGCUUUGAGCGAUAUCGUGUUGUGCCAUUCGGCAAUCAUUCCUAUGUCGAGGUGCUGGGCGAUAAUCGUGAGUUGCCGCUUUAUGGCAGCGGCGGUUUCAAAUUCUUUUGGGACACCAAAUUCGAUGCAGCCAUGGUGGCGUUUCUUGACUGCUUGACGCAGUUCCAGCAGGAGGUGGAGAAGCGUGAUACUGAAUUUCUACUGCCCUACAAAAUGGAGAAGGGCAAAAUUAUUGAUCCCUCCACUGGCAAUUCCUACUCCAUCAAAAUCCAGUUCAAUUCCGAGGAACAGUGGACGAAGGCUUUAAAGUUCAUGCUUACGAAUCUGAAGUGGGGUUUGGCGUGGGUUUCAUCCCAGUUUGUGACGCAAUAAAGUCGACGACGCUUCAUUGUCAUCAUUAUAUUUAUGUACAUUUUGAUUAGUGCUUAAUUACUACAAUAAAACGUAAUCUUUUAAAAUUAA